UUCUCCUUUUAUUCAAUGCAUGGGGUCUAAAAUUACACGGAGAGAGAGUGGGAAAUAUAUGGGUGGGUGUGCAAUGAAAUUUCAAUGCAUGGAGUCUUAAUUAAGUCCCACAGAGAGAAAUAUGUGGGUGGGAAUAGAAUAGGAUUUAUUUCCAAAUUAAGGCCCUCUCGGGCAUACAGCAUACAUAUAAAGUUUACAUACAUAGAGAAAAGGACAGCUAACAUUAAAGACAACAAUAAAUAAUAAAUGAAAUAAUAUUCUAUAAAGUUAUUUUUUAUUUCUUCAACACGUUUUCUUAUCACGAAUUUGUGACCUGGCCACAAAAAUCAUAACAAGUGUUGACGUCACAGGUAUAUUUAGAUCCUUCAAUCAAAUAGGGAAUGUUUCAAAGUUUAAGAAUACCACUAACGUAAUUUAAACACAUAUAUAUCAUUGAGUGAAAAUUUCAUGUAAUAUUUGAAUAAUGAAAGUUUUAACAUUAGAAAUAUGACAAUAAUUACACAGAGGUAUUUUUUCGAAAUGGAUUAUAUGUCAUAAAUAUGUUUUCGUACUCUGAGAUGUACGAUCACAGGCACCAUUGAGGGUGUGUUCUCCUCAUAUUUCAUUGGUCAGAAUCACCCUUACGUCAUAGUCACGCGCUAUUGACUAAGGUUCCCGUACUUUCUGUAGAAUCAAAACAAACUCCAUGAUGGUUGGUGAAAAUUUUGUAAACAUUGAGGUGAAAAUUGAAUUUUUUCAGCUAUAACUGUGUGAGAUAUAACUAACUAUUGUGUAGCGCAUUCGUAGAGGAUACGAAGAGUUGACAGGAACAUUUUUUGUCGGUAAGUCUUGAGUUUUCUUCAGUUCUUUGCUGUUCCAAAAAAAUCUUGGCAUGGAGUUGUGCAACAGCACAAGAUAUGAUGAAAUCCAUCAACUGUUUAAUAUUCAAUGUUCCCUCUCCACUAAUCUAUUUUUUAGUACAUCAAUUGUAUGCAUUAUCGUUAAUUUAAUAUCAGUCGUUUUCCUCGAAUUGUUUAUUUUUUCCCCCGAUUGUCACGUUCUUCACAUUGAACCUUGACCUUUCGUGCAGUGGUUGUUUACGUCGAUCUGAUUGAAACGUCUACUGGUUUCUGCUACCCGCAGGCAUAUAUAUACCUGCUGAAAUGGUGAUUGUCACCUGUGAGUGAUGUCACUGGUCCAGUACCUCUACGUCAAAACAUCACAUACUAUAAAAACAGCCAUGUCCACCGAUACACGUUCAUUCGUGUUCGUAGUCUCCUAGUGUGAGCGAUAAAUGGGAUGUACAUAGGAUUGGCGUUCAGAACGCACCCUGAUUGGAUGAUGUGUGUCGAUGAACGACACGUCCUUGGUAUAAAACGUGGAUUUAGAAAUUCUUAGUGGCAUGGUGGCAAAAUCAUCAGUCAGUGUUGCUUGCAUGGAAGUAGGGAAUAUCGGGAGUGACAUAUCCGCCUCUAUGGGGUCCGCCCCAGCAGUUACGCACGUGCAGGGACGCCCGCAUAUGGAGAGAUGGCACUCCUUCCCGCCUCCCGAUGGUGUUCGAGAAAAUCUACCUCUGUAUUCAAUACAGCACUGUAAACAGCGCGGGUCAACAGGGCGUGAUUGUAUACUUAGACUUCCAAACGUACCAGCGUGUGCAGCCCCAAAAAUCCUUACUGGGGCUUAUCAUCUAGUGACCAGACCCUCAAAUCUACCUCGACUCUCUGCUACUCAGAAGCAGUUCUUGGGAAAGUCCAUUCCAGAUCGCAGACUGUCAGCUUGGUUACAGCACUCUGUCCGGUCAAGACCGGGUUCCCUCAUAACACCCCUUCAGCUGAUGACUGUUGGGGCCAAACCGGGCACCUCUAAGCCCAAUGCAGGUAUGGAUUUUAUAAAUGGGGAUUACUUGAAUGGACCAUUGUAUGACCACACCGUCUGUGGGGAGAUUAAUAUGAUGGACUCCACCAUCUUUGCUUCCAGUCCAAAUUCACUGUACAUGUAUGAGCAGGAGAAAAACGACAUGCAAAGUUUCAACGACACAUCGUGUAAUGGCAGCAUGACAAGCCUUCUGAAUGAGGAGCCAUUUGAACUGAAAACAAAAUAUGAAAAUUCACGUGACAUCACCAUGGCGGUAAGUGGUGGGGGAACUCCCACCUCAACCACGACCAGUGCUUCAGGAACCUUCUCAGAUAAUUCAUGGGUCAGUAAUCCAGGAAGUCAGCCAUGUGAUUCAAGUCUAGUCAAAAUGGAGGAGUUUGAGCCUACCUUGGCUGAGCUGAACACUGUGACUUCUGAAGAGAAUACAAUGAUGGAUAUCAGCAAUAUCACAGACUACAUCUCCCCAGAAAACAUGCAACAGCUGGAUCUGCUAAUCUCCGCAGCUCAGCAGUCGUUUCCUGGCUUGGAUAAUACCAGUGGGAUGAGUGACUUGAAACAGAAUUCCCGGGAUCGAGGCCGACAUAGUUCGGCUAGUGAAAUCCCACGGACCUGGACCGUGACAUCCCCAUCACAAGACGAUGCUCCCGUGUUCUCUAGGGACGUAAAAUUACCCAAUUAUCAGAGACAGCCCCUUGACGGGCAGCGGAUUAGACAUUCUAGUGCAUCUUCAUAUUCCAACAAACCUCCACAGAAAUCCAACUUAGCCAAUUCUACUCUCCACAAGCUGUUGUCAAGGACAACACAACCUGUUUCCGUGGUGACAACAGAACACACUGUUCCUGCCUCAGUGCCAUCUCAGCUUAGUCCGGGAAAACGUAAGAUGUCAUUUCCCAAGGAAGAAUCCAAUUCUGUGGACAGGAAGUGGGAGGAGAUUAAACAGCUGCUGUACUCGGAGGAGAAACAGGCCGUCCCCCAAAAACAGACUCCCUCACAAAAGCAGACCCCCUCCCAGCCCAAGUGCAAACGCCAGAGUCUGGAUUCCCUCAGUUCUGCGCCUUCAUUUGACGAUUCUGAUUCGGACUCAGAUGUCAAUGACUUUUCAGAUACAGAUUUAGAAGGAAGCCAGGAAGAAUGGACUGGAGGCAGGUCAUCUCGGGAGACUUCACGUCAAGUCCGAAAAGACCAAUUCUUCUGGCAAUACAACAUCCAAUCAAAAGGUCCGAAGGGCAAAAGAGUCAAGUUCGGCAUGGAGGAAAACCCUCACAAAGUCCAGGAUUUUGAAGAUCCUGUUUUUGAUAAAUUCUCUGCAUCACAGCUUGGUACGACCAUUCGUCAUGGCGGGAAAGCUCGGAAAGGGGAUGGGAAUGAUGUCUCCCCCAACCCGAAAAAACUGGUUCAGAUUGGAACUCAGAUCAAAAAGUUGAACAAACAAAUCAACAGCUUUGCUCCCCUGAGUGAACUUCCAGUAUCCACCAGGAACAAGUCCAAGAAGGAGAAAAACAAACUGGCUUCCAGGGCAUGCAGGCUCAAGAAAAAGGCGCAACAUGAAGCUAAUAAAGUGAAAUUGCAUGGACUGGACAUCGAACAUAAAGAGCUGUUGUUUGUAAUCGAUAGCAUUAAGGAAGACCUCCACCAUUUCAUUGUCCGCAACGGACCUCAGCUGAAAUUCUCCACUCGUCUGGAGGACCUGGUCAAGGAAAAUUUAACUCUACAAGUGGCGGGAAAUACCACCGAUUACGUCAACACAGUAAUCACCAAGGUGGAGGCUGGAGACCCAAAAGGAGGCCUCGACAUCAAGAAAUGAUCACAUGUGAAAUCUGUAAAACUAACUUACUCAACAGGGCAUUGAAAAAAGCAGGUUGUGAUAUCCCACCAGCCGAUAGUUACCAAAAACAAUUGCCAGUUGCAAACAGGGAAAGCAAGGAUGUCCUCAUUUCUCUGGCCACAAACUGCGUUAAUAUUUUAUUUUCUGUUGCCUGUUAAGGUCUUGUCUGUGGUCCUCGUCUCCUCGUGUAUAUAUUGUUGUGUAUUGUAUUGCUGUUUGAUAUUCUCAGUAUGUCGAUUUUUCAAUUAUAUAGAGGGUUGAGACAAUUAGAUGUUGAGAGUAUAUAAUUGUAUACGCCAUAUAUCUUGUACAUUUCAUAAUAAAGAAAAGUGUGCAAUAUGCUGGGUGAUUUUAUAUAUAUGUAAAAGCUGUACAUAAAUGCAUUUGUUUUAAAUAUCCCGUAGCUUUUAGUAUAUAGAUCUACAUUUUAGUUGACAGUUUUACCUUUCUAGUGCUAGGUGUAGUUGUUAUAAAUCCAUAUUCCACUUGUAAAUAAGCAGACCUCACGUAGUGUGUUAGGGGCGCAGUCAUCAAGAAAGCAAGAUGUAUAUUGUUCUUUGUUGUGGAAUUCUGCCGGAACUUCUUUGCAUUUAGUGCUUAGCUUUCCUUGUGAUUUGUUAUUGUUUAUUUAACUGCUCAAAUUGUUAGAGGCUCCAGUGAGUCCUUAUCAUCAAAGUAUGUCUGCCUGUAAACUUUUCAAAGUAUGUCAGAAUGUCUGCCUGUAAACUUUUCAAAGUAUGUCAGAAUGUCUGCCUGUAAACUUUUCAGAGUUUGUCAGUAUGUCUGCCUGUAAACUUUUCAAAGUUUGUCAGUAUGUCCGCCUGUAAACGUUUCAAGGCCGAAUUAAGAUUAAGAAGUAUGUUGAUAUCUUUUGAUCUUUCAAGGACCAGAUGCAUCUGAAAACAGAUGCCCUUGGAAAUACCAUUUAAACUGGUGCCCAUUUAAACUGGUGCCCUUUGGAAGUAACAUUUAAACUGGUGCCCUUUAGGAAUGCCAUUUGUGUAACAAUAUAGCACUUUGUGUAACAUGGGUAAUGCAACUAAGGGAGAGUGGAGGGUUACAAGACAUAUUGAGAUCUACUGGGAAAUGUAAUGUAUGAAUAGCAGGGCUGGACAUUUUUUUGUUUUGUUAGUUUUUAAGUAAGGUGCCAUGGGAGAGCAAUGUGGCCCAUUGAUGUGUUGUCUUUUCUGUUGUCUCUAAAGAAAUAUACAUUGUAGGUCCAUUUGUAUAGUACACUGUGUUACAAUGGUCCAUUCUUGUUGAUAAUUGCAAUCACUGGUUCACAGCUCUAAGCUUAUCGCGGCAAUUCUAUGAGAGUUUUGAACUAAUAUUUGUACGUAAUGUGCAUGAAUAAUAAAUUUUAUCUAAUAUUAUGUUUUUCAUUUACUUUUGGAAGAUUCUUAAAAACAAUAUUACGACAAUAGUAUUUGCUUGCAAGUAUAUUAUAAAGCAAUUUCAAAAGUACUUGAUCGAGAGACAUGGAAAUUUGUGUUACGUAUUGGGUGAAAUUCUCUGGUGUCUAUGCAAAUCAUUCCUUGACUGAAGAUGUGAGUGUGUGUAGCUAGGUGCGGAUUGCGAAAUUGUUCAAGUCUUUCAGGAGUUUGCGUGAAAAUUGUUAAAGAUCUGAUAAAACUUCUAGGCUUGUGAACAAAGUUGCAGUUUUGUAUGUAUUUUGGGGAUUUAUUUUUGCUUGUUGGAGACAGCAUAGCACAUUAGAUGAUCACUGUGUUUUAAUAUUUUUGUGUGGGCAAUAUGUUUCAUAUUGCACGGUAAAAUUAUAUACAUCAAGAUUUGAUUCUGUUGAUACAGUUGUUUUGUAUAUUCUGAUCAUUUUCCGAGUGAUAAAACAUUGUACUAUAACAUAUUAUAUUUUACUAGCAAGAUUUCAUCAUUAUAACAGAAGAGUUUCAGGACUGCACUGGGCUACUCGUGGGCUUUCAAAUUGUUGGCAAUAUCUAGAUAAGUCGGAUGUAUAUAGAACUGUAAUGAUUAAAUCUGUUUUAGAAAAUGUUACUCUGAAAAUAAAAAUUGGUAAUAACAA